AUGGGCUGGAUUAUGACUACAACGAUGAACGACCUAAUCGGGAAAACGUUUACGGUGGAUCGGAAGAAAGCGUUCGCACAAAAAGUUGUAGAGCUAGAGAGGGCGAUGGCGACCAUGGUGAGUCAGUGCAACGUGGCAAAUGCUAAACUAGAGGAAAGUAGAUUUAAUAAUGAGAAAUUGAUAGAUAAAUUAGGUGAAAUAAGAAAAGAAAAGGAGAUGAUGGAAGCAAGAAUUAAAGAGUUAGAACACGGGAAUAACAGGAAAUUGCUGGGAAAGCAGGAGGACGGACUGCAAAUGCCUCCACCGAACAAUAUUCCAACAUAUUCAAUGGUGACAAAGCAAAAUAAUAAAGGGGAAGGAAUUGUGGAGAUUAAAGAAGAUGGGAAACAACGGUCAAGAUCAAGGUCCUCGAGAAGGAACAGGAUAAGGAGAGAAUGCAGGGAACAGAGACCUCAUGUGCCGUUCGAACUGAACCUGGGUAGCGGAGAAGCAUAUAAUGCAAAGGAAGAAUUGUGGACGGAAGUCACGAAGAAGGUGAUGGUACCGAAAAUGACGCUAAUCAAACAAAAGGAUAGAAUAAUAGUAACUGCAAAGGAUGAUGAUACGUUAAGGGCAAUAAAGGAUAUCGCGUUGAUGGAUAAUAGGAUUGUGGAAAGAAGCGCUAAAUGGCCUAAAAUUAUGGUAAAAGGAGUGGAUAAAGAAAUAUUGGGAGAACAAAUAUCACGAGCGAUUGCCUUCUCCAAUAGGGAGAUAGGAAUAGAACUGAUAGAAGCGGAUAAGAAUAUAAAACCACUCUUUAGAAAGGGACCAAGGGAGGCAGAUACGGUAAACUGGGUGAUAGAAGUGGCACCGAUAGCAUAUGAAAGAAUAAUGAAGUUGGGUUUUAUAUAUAUAAAAUGGAGCAGAUGUAGGGUACAGGAGUUUUGUGAUGUAUCGCAAUGCUUCAAGUGCAUGAAGUUUGGACAUAUCAUGACCAAGUGCAGACAGGAGGAGUUUACUUGUAAAUAUUGUACGAAGGGACAUGACUCUAAGAACUGCAGUGAAGUGAAUAGGCCAAAAUGUGCAAACUGCGGAGAAGCGCAUGUGGCAACGUCAAUGGAUUGCAGAGUGAGGGAAAGGCACAUAAGAGAAAGCAUGAGAAGAACGGACUAUGGAGUGGUAAAAAGUGGAGAUAUAGUAAUUUCAACAUGA